UGUAGAGCGGAGUAUCCGCAUUUAUACAGACACAGCGCUUACAGUACACACACACACACACACACACACACACGCGCGCGCGCACACACUGGACUCCGCAUAAGAAAGACACUCAACAUUCAUUUUUUUUACAUAAGUAAAAAUGUCGCACAGAGUUGUUACGACAACCUCCACGACCACAAGCUCGUCAAAUGGAGGAUGUUUAGAUUCCGGUUAUUGUCGAUCUUUUCAAGGAUUAUUAAAAAUCGCCCAAAUGGUGACCCUGUUGAUCGCCUUCCUGUGUGUCCACUGCUCGUCCAAAUUGACAGAUCACGAUGCCUUUCGCUACUUUGAGGUGGUCACGUUAUGGUUCCUCUUCGCCAUCCUCUUCUUCUUCCUCUUGUACAUGUUCCGGCUGCAGGCCCGACUCCCCUGCAUCUACUGGGCUCUGACGGAGUUCUUCCACUACGUCUUGGGCACCAUCCUGGUCUUCAUCGCCUCCAUCAUCGUGGCAGUGAAGAACCACAACAUCUCCUCCUACGUGGCCGGCUCUGUUUUUGGAUUUAUCACAACGUUUCUCCUCGUCAUCAGUUUACUGACCUCCAACAAAGUGGUGUGUGGCUCUCAGCAAACCAGUAUUUCUGUGUAAGGAGAUCCACUCCAGACUCACCUGAGGGAAUGAAUAAAUGUGAUGUUUUCUGUCUGGAGUUCCUCGGCUGACCUGAGAGCCCGAAGGCCCGAGGGCCCGAGAGCCCAGAGCCGACCUGAAUGCUGCAGUUUAUACGAUUUGACUCCUUUUCCUUCACCCUUCAUUCACACCCGCAGGAAACAUGGACAUGUGGCGGACACUGCUGUUGUGUCCUGUGGGCGUGGCCUGUGGGCGUGGCAGAAUGUCGAUUUAUUCAAUAUUAAAGUUCCAGUUCACAGCCCAGUAUUUUCUAGAGUUUUAAGUCUUAUUCCCUGCAGCCUUGAGGUGGGCUUCAACAGGAUCAAACUUUUUAUAACCUUUAUACCAAAGAGUGUUCCUUUAUUUAUUUUUUAUAGAGCUGAUGAGAAAUUUUUGCGUAAAUUUAGCAGUUUAGAGUUUAAAGUGUCGAUACGGAGCGACUCAAUUAUUAACCUUUCAUUAUGUAAAUUUACUCCAUUUGUAAACUCUCUCUCUCUCUCUGUCUGUCUCUCUGUCUGUCUGUCUCUCUCUCUCUGUCUGUCUCUCCCUCUGUCUGUCUGUCUCUCUCUCUGUCUGUUUGUCUCUCUCUCUCUCUCAGUAUUGAUGGUAUUUUUGCGAAAGCAAAAAAACAAGUGUAAUAAAAAUGGAUCUGUCCACAGA